GUAACGUUUUUGCAAAAAACUCCUCCCCAGACUUCCCACAUAACCCGCACUCCUCGUCUUCUCCGGUCGACACUCCGCCGCUCUGACACAGGCGCAUGGACGCCGGAGCUGCCCUGCGCCGCGCUGCUCUCCUGCUCUCCCGUGUGUCCUCCACCACCGUCGCAGCUGCCUCUUCCGCCGCUCCCUUCUGCCUCGCGCAGAAUCCCUGCCUCCCUUGCCUGCCUCCCGAAUCUCUCCUCUUUCUCCCCAAAAAUCGUUUCUUCUUCCUCCCGCCGCAUCUCCUGCUCGCGCCCACCCCGUCCCUCCUAGCGUUGAUGGAAGAAGCGUGGCGGGCCCUUGGCUCGGCGGUCGGCUACGCUGCCUUCCGCCCCCGCCUCCCCCUGGCGCCGCCGCCUCGGCACCCGUGGCGUGGGGUGCGGCCGUGAUGGCGCGCCGGGAGACGGUGGCCAAGGAGUCGUCCUCGCAGGCGGUGAGCCGGAUCGUGUCCAGCUGCGCCAACUCGACCGGCCUGGCCCCCGUCCACCCGUCGUCGACGCCGACGCCGUCAUCUCGCUCGCCUCCACCGCGGGCCGGCUGGUCAAGAUGCCAGAGGUGCUCGAGGAGGUGCGCGACGCCACAACGCUCUGGAGGCUCGCGCUCCUGCCCACCCCCGUCGAGACCAUCGAGCAAGAGAGUAGGGCCAGCUCGAACCGUGUGCACCAGGAAGAAGGCUAGCUCGAACAUUGUUUGGUGAAGCAAGCAGCUGAGCUGGUUUUGUUCUUGUCGCCUUGGAUCGUGCAGCGAUUGGAGGAGGACUUGGUGCAGAGGAAUGGAGUACGAGUACGGAUGCUGCUUCCGUUGAUCUCAGAGCAAGAAAGGUCCGGCACUGGAGAUGAAAAAGCAAGGAGCCUUGUACUUCUUCUCACCGACAGCAGCACGAGCAGGGGACCUCCGGCGACAGCACACCAGCAGGUGACCUCCGGGCGGCUACACGAGCAAGGGACCAGUAGCAACUUGCAGAGCAGCAGGGGAAAGAGCUCGAGCUUGAGGUCCAGGACGAGCUUGAGGGAGCUCGAGGUCCAGGCGCGGCCGGAACUCGCGGUUGAGGCGCUCGAGACCCAGGCGCGCACAAGUCCUGGCCGGCGGCGGCACAGAUCCUGGGUGGCAGAGGGGAUAUCAGCCGCGCAGGCCUGGCGGCGGCGGCGGCCCAGGUCCUGGGUGGCGGAGGAGCACGUCCUGCGUAGCGGCGGAGCAAGCAAUUGGGUGGUGCAGGUCCUGGGUGGCGGAGGACCACGUACUUGGCGGCGGCGGAGCAAGCAAUUGGGCGGCACAGGACCUGGGCGUCGGAGGAGCACGUCCUGGGCGGCAACGGAGCAAGAAAUUGGGCGGCGCAGGUCCUAGGCGGCGGAGGAGCAAGUCCUGGGCAGCGCCGGCGUAGGCCCCCGGCGGUGACUUGCCCUGGCGACGCGCGCGGGCGACGGGCAGAGGAAGAAUGAAGAAAAAAGCGACCUGUUUGUAACAGAUUUUAAGCUACGAUGGCGUUUUUGCAAAAUUCGCAGUACAUUAAGCUGUGGACAACUUUUUUCGGAGGGAGGAGUAGAUCAAAGUGCUGGACAUUAGCUACGUACGUGGCGCCAGUUUGAUCGUAUCGGCCGGAUAAUGUCGGCACUCGGCACGGCGCUCCAUAAAUCGGGUCGUGGGUAGCGGCCGCUACACGACGGAGGGAACAGAAAGCUAAUUUUAUGAGAUUGCCUUUGCCAAGCUAA